AUGAUGGAUAGGUUCUACCAUAUGUUACAAAAGGCAGAAAAGUGGGAAUUAGUGGUUUGUCCAGCUGCUAUCAAGAAAAUGAACAAGUUUGGAGAGGAUUUGAGGAAUUGGAAUGUGAAUCCAAGUGGACCAUCUAUUUUUGAAGCCAGGAAUGGAUUAGAAGGGUACGUGGUUAACUUACAAAGCAGAGUGUGCAGUUGUAGGCUUUGGGAUAUCUCAGGAAUUCCAUGUGUACAUGCACAGUGUGCAAUACUAUUCAUUGGACAAGAUCUUGUUCAUUUCAUAAGUGAGUGGUUUAAUGUGGACAGGUUCAAGGCCAUAUAUGUAAACAAUAUACUGCCUGUGAAUGGUAGAAAUUUAUGGCCUAGAACAUCAUACAUAAAGCCUCUACCCCCUUUAGCUAGAAGAAUGCCAAGGAGACCAACUCUGAAAAGAAAGAGGCAUGUCACUGAAUCUCAAGAUAAAUACUCCCAAAACAAGAUGAAGGUUACUGGAAUAAGAAGGAAAGUCCAACGCAAAAAUUGUCUUCAAAGGGGUCAUAACAAAGCAUCCAGUAAGAAUCUCAAGGUCACACCAGAACCCCAACCCAAGAAAAAAAUGGGUAGACCAAGAUUGGAUCCUGAUAUCAGUCAUUGGACUAGAGGUGGUGUCAGAGGUAGUAGAGGUGGUGCAAUGGGUAGUAGAGGUGGUAGAGGGGGUAAUAGAGGUGGUGUAGUGGGUAAUAUAGGUGGUGUAGUGGCCAACAGAGGUGGUAGGGGUAGUAAGAGAGGUGGUAGGGGUAGUAAAAGAGGUGGUAGGGGCAGUAAGACAUCUGUUAGAGUUGAAGGUGGUGGAGGUGCUGAAGUUGAAGGUGAUACAGUUGAAAAUGAGGAUGACACUAUUCCUGAAAAAUAUUUAGUCCAUUUAUGGAAGUCAAUGCAAGAUUUGAAACAAUCAGGGUAUUCAAUUGAAGAAAUUAAAAAUUCACUUAAUCUGACAGAUUCACGUAUGAAACAACUCAAUGAUUACAAUGACACUAUUGAACAAGUUCGUCCUAUGUCUAUGGAAGAGGAGUAUCCACCUCAGACUGAGACACAAGAUGGGGCUGAAGAAAUUAUCCCCGAGACACAACCAGAAAGUGAAGAAGAAGAAGACGUUAAUGACACCCAGGAAUUACCAGUACACCUUAGGAUUGUGAAAAGAAGAAGGCCCUCUCAGAGGAUUGUUAAAAACAAAAACAAGCUGAAGAAGAUGGGAUGUGUUGGGACUUCUGCAAGUUCAUCAUUGGAGUUGGAUUAGGGUGUUAGGGUGUUAAGGGUAUUUUGGUACAUCUUUUGUGAAUGCUAUUUUUGUGAAUCUUUUGUGAAUGCUACUUUUGUACAUCUUUUGUGAAUGCCCUUAAAUUACUAAUAGCGAUAUUUUGUACAUCUUUUGUAAACACAUUGAAACAUUGUGAAUGCCCUUAACAUGGUUGGUAAUGGCAUAUUGGAG